AUGUCAAUGCAUCCUACUGCACACGUUGUCACAGACUUUGAACUGGUCGGUCUUCGAGGCCCUGCUCACCGGGUCGGUGUCGGUAACGCAGACGCUUCCCCAACUUCGGCCUUGCUCCUCCACAUCCUGCAAGAUACGUCGGGGCGUGUUGCAACCAUUCUCUUCGCCCACCGUGUCGGCACGGCUCUCGAGCCAGAAUGCAAAACCUAUCGACUCGCUGCAGACGUGUUCAACGACCUCGCCAUGAUCCUGGACUGUCUUUCGCCCAUGGUCCCGGCCGGUGUCAUGCGUGUGUCUAUCCUCAGUGCAGCAGGCGUUCUACGUGCACUUUGCGGUGUUGCAGGGGGCAGUUCCAAGGCUAGUCUGAGCGCGCACUUUGCCAAGUGGGGGAAUCUCGCGGAACUCAAUGCGAAAGACUCGUCUCAGGAGACUGUCAUCUCGUUGAUAGGCAUGCUGGUCGGCUCCGUGGUCGUCUCACACGUCACAGGAUUCACCACCACCUGGAUAGCUCUACUGGGUCUCCUCGCGCUGCAUCUCAGCAUGAACUACGCCGCCGUCCGAUCCGUACAAAUGACUAGUCUCAACCGACAACGAUCAAACAUCAUUUUCUCCGCGCUUUUCGAGUCGGAUCCCAAUCUGAGCCAAUCACUAGAUAAACGGCGCUCUUUGGGAAGUGACUCGGACAAGACGACUAUCCAGAGAAACUCUGAAUCUACCAGCACCUCUCCACGUCCAUCCCAGCUAUCACCACCACUACCACUACCGCACAAGAUCCUUACACCUGCACAAGUGGCCUCCCAAGAACGCAUCUUCCCCCGUGCAAACGCGCUUACAUGGACAUCCUCUCUUCCCACCGGAAACCAAGUCGCUAAGCUAGGAAGUGCAGAAAUUGGCAUUUCUCUCGCAGCCGUCUUGAAACAUGCCAACGGCUACGUCCCAGCGACUCCCAUCUCGCCCUCCAUCAACAUCAACCAGAAAGCUAGCACCGCCUUUUACAGCGCCAUCCCCAUGACACCAUUAUGCAAUCUGUUCGCAGACGAAAAGUACAUCCUUUUCCUCUACCCAGGCUCACGGUGGUAUCGAGACUCGUCCCCCAAGUGGCAUGCCUCGAUUCUUCUGAAAAAGGACUGCGCCGUGACAGAUCAGCUCAAGGGUUGGGCGCAUGCACUCCUCGCAGCUCGAGUCUUGUACAUGGGUUUUGAUCCGGAUGCUUCUUCGCUGGUGAAGGAAGUUUCAAACCAGACGGGCUCUCUGUCCGGAGUGGAGAUCAGUGAAAAAAUUCUUCGCUGUGUGGCGGAUACAUUGAAGGUUCUGAACGAGGGUGAUCGAUUUGAAGGGUAUUUGGCUGCGUUGCGGGCAAGUGGUUGGGAGCUGGAUGUGGGAGCUUUAGAGAUCAAAGGUGGGAAUAGGUUGAUCUUGGAUUGA